UGCGUGAUGGUUAGCCGCGGGGCGUCUAGGCAAUAGACCGCGUUGGCACACCAUAUCAUGGCGGCGGAAGUGGGAUCAUAUACGGUAUGCGGAUUUGUGCAGGGUGUUGAGAGGGCAUGGCUGCAUUGCCCCCAGGUGCCUGUGGGCACAUCUAAAUUACAUAGGCUAUAUUUUCCACCUUAUGAGGGAAUUUCAUCUCCACCAUCUGAUAGCCAGGUGUGUGAUGUGGCCGACAGGGACGAACGUACGGUUACUGAGGUUGCGCCUCUGCAAGACCCUGUUCCUCCAUCCGCAGGAUCCCAGAGCUUGACACCCUUGGAACCCAGCGCAUAAUUUGACAGGAACACCACAGUGGAAGGCGCGCAUAUGAACAAAUGAAAAGCGUUUGAUACGGUUGUGGCGUAUAUUUCUGGUAACCGGUUCUGGCUAUUUCAGUAUCAGCUGGGAAAAUAUCGAUAGGUUUAAUGAGGCUUCCACAAGGUACCGGGCAGCACAGAAGAUACAGGACAAGGCCACGAGAUAAGGUGGAGAUGCCGAUUGGGAUAUAAGCGGACUCGGGGCAGCAGCUCAGCAUCGUCUUGCUCACGAACCACAGAAAAACAUGCACGGGCUCAUCCUCGCUCUUCUCGUGGGUGUCGCUGCGGCGGCCCCAUACAUGUAUGAGGACCACAUCGUGGGUGGCUCCGAGUGCGCUGCCCACUCACAGCCGUGGCAGGUGUCCCUCAACAUCGGAUACCACUUCUGCGGAGGCUCCCUUAUCAACAGCCAGUGGGUCGUGUCUGCCGCUCACUGCUACCAGACCGCGUCCCGCAUCUCCGUGCGCAUCGGCGAGCACAACAUCUUCGUGAACGAGGGCACCGAGCAGCAGAUCCAGGCCUCCAAGGCGAUCCAGCACCCCCAGUACAACUCCUGGACCAUCGACAACGACAUCAUGCUCAUCAAGCUGUCCUCACCCGCCACCCUCAAUCAGUACGCGCAGGCCAUCGCCCUGCCCUCCUCCUGCGUCAACACCGGAGUCAUGUGCACCAUCUCCGGCUGGGGCGAGACCCAGACCAGCGUCGGCAGUCCCGACGUCCUCAUGUGCGUCCAGGCGCCCGUGCUGAGCGACACCUCCUGCAGGAACUCCUACCCCGGUGACAUCACCAACAACAUGAUCUGCCUGGGAUACCUGGAGGGCGGCAAGGACUCCUGCCAGGGAGACUCCGGCGGCCCCGUCGUGUGCAAUGGCGAGCUGCAGGGCAUCGUGUCCUGGGGCCGUGGUUGUGCCCUGCCCAACUACCCCGGCGUGUACACCAAGGUGUGCAACUACAACGCCUGGAUCGCGCAGACCAUCGCGGCCAACUAAGCGUUGAUCUGCCACACUACUCUACACCGCGACCAUAAUGAU